ACAAAAGCUUGUGCAAAUUUUUCAUAUUAAUAUGUGUGAUAAAGUGCAAACAUUCUUCUUCUUAUCCGAUAGAAAACUUAUAUGCAAUACUUGAUCAAACAACCGAAUAUUUCAAACAUCUGAGUAACGUAUCCGAACUAAAUACUGCCAAUAACACUUUAAAUAGUAUUAACGAUGCAAUUAAUAAGUAUAUGGAAAAUACGACUAAAGCGAUUCUUCCAAAAAGCAAGCGUGAAAGAAGAGGUCUUCAGAAUAAUGAAUCCAGUGAAAAUGUGAAUGUGUUGCAAAAUUUUGAAAAAACUUUGUCCGCUAAUCUAUCGGACUUUCAAGAUAUAGUUUUUUCAAUCCAAGAUGAAUAUCAAUUGCUCUGGUUUGCGGCAACCGUUAAUUCCACAAAUAUAUUGCUUUAUCAAUUGUUUGAUAAUAAAGCACAUCUGGUGGCAACAUAUCCACUAUUUGAUGGAAAACGGAUAAUAGUAAAUAAUUGUACCACUGGUACGCUUAUAGUUGCUCAGAAAGGCAUCAAUGGAAUUGUCAUUCUGCAUCUUGGCAAAAACAGAAAUGGAAUUUUUGAUUUACAAUUUAAGCAAGAGUUUGAAGUUUUUGAAGUAGUGCACAUGAAUAUGUGGUUUGGAAUGAAUCAACUGUAUUUGGGAAUCGCUUCAAAGACGAAAACAAUCAUAUACAUCUGGGCUGGAGAAUACUUUGACAAAAUUGAUACUUUGAACUUCGGAACGAGAAAAUUAUUAUUCUUUCAGAAUAAGAGCUUCGUACACAUUGUCGUCAUAGGGUCUCACACAAAGAUAUUCCGAUUUUCUGUGCGUUCUAAUAAAUUUAUAGAGACCCAGAAAUUACAUUACAUUGAAGAUGCCAGCUCGUUUUACUUUAAAGAAGGCCAUCUCAAGGAGAGCUUUCUUGUUUUGGCUAGCAAUAACUCUACAAUUUUCUACAAAGAGAUGUACGAUCGUUUUGUGCCAUUUCAAAAAGUUGCUCCGACGAAACAUAUUUAUGCUUUAAGAAUGGAAAAUACUGUCCUUCUUCUUUCUAUGAAUGAAGAUACCGUGGAAAUUUAUCAGUACAAUGGCUGGAGAUUUCUAAAGUCACAUAGGAAAUUGUCAAACAUUCGUCAGAUUCAUCAAAUUCAUUUGCACGAUGAAGAUGUAUUAGUGACGCAAUAUCAGAACGGAGAGUGGAAGUUUUUAAAACCUAUUUGGACUCUGAAAAAAACAUGGAAAUCUAUACAGAAAGAAGUAAAAGCUUGGUGUUCUGAAGUAAUACAAAAGGCAUCUCAGAGAACUAUAGCAAAAAUUCCAGAUGUGAAGAAUUCCGUGAUUUCAAAUGCAUAUAUUAGUCAUCUUCGUGUCCAGAAUCUGAACAAUUAUAAUACAGAAGAACUAAUCCACUUAACACAACAAUACAAGAGUACAGUCGCCAAAUUAAAUUCGACGAAAAGUAUCUUGGCGCAAGAAACUGAAGGAUCGAAGCACACUAUCUUGUAUGGCAAAAAGAUUGUAGUCAAGUGCAAGUCAAAUUGUUACGUUCGUCAUAUAAUUACGGAUAAUAAAAUUAAACCUAAAUAUAAUCUAUCAGAACCACCUAUUCAUCAGACUCUGACGCUUCCGAAGUUGAAAGUAAAUACGAUAAAUAAUUGGAAAUGUCCCAUUCCUAAUAUUAAUGUGGAUGACAUAUCUGUUGAAGAAUCUAUUAACGGGAUAUUAAUGCAAGAUCUGCAAGAAGGAACGUUGAAAAUUUCAGGGGAUCAAGAAAUUUGGGGUGAGCAUGUUUUCGUCAACUUGCACGCAUCAAAUGUUUCAAUCCCGUUAGAUAUCGCGACAAAUAAUACGAGACAAAAAGUGCGAAUGGAAAAAGUAAGAGUGAAAGAAUUACAUUUAACUGGUCAUGAGUUUCUCCUGCCGCUAAAUGGUUCCUCAAUCGUAAUGAUGGGCUCGAUAAUUGCUCCAAAAGUGAGAAUGACGGGACUUGUCAAUUUAAAAGGCGGAAUAACGGGCAAAGGAAGCGAAAAAUUAGCACCUGUGAAAGAGAUUCUCACGCCUAUGACAUUGUUUAACGAUCGUUUCCUGCAAAAUGUGACAUUCCGAAAUCUCGUCCAAGCUAAGGACAUCGUUAGAGCUGAUGGAUCGUCAAUCAAAGAGAUAAUGGAAAAUAGCAUACCACUCAAUUCUAAUAUACCGAUGCAUUUGACAUUAUCCAGCGAUAAAAUACAAUGGACCAACGUAUCUUUGUGGGACUACUCGAAUUGGAUAACAAAGAAUUCUGCUGAGACUAUUGUUAUUUCUGGUAAUAAAUUUACGAACAAUAGUGUUACAUUGACAGACGCUACUUAUGCAACCGAGGCACCCACUAUGAGAUUGACGAUUCCUGUUUGCGUCGAGGAAGUCGUCACUCCAGAUAUUAAAACUUCUUCGAUCACGAUUGAUGAAUUAGUUGUAAAAAAUUUAAAUGUUUCCCAAGUUCUUGGAGCUCAUAAGUUGAACACGACAAUCUUCGAUUCCGUAUCAGCUUUGCACGAUAUUGAUUUUUCAACGAAACUAUUUACUGGACACGUUUUUGCGAAAAAUAUUACAGUUUCAAAAAUUCUUGGAAUAAAUGUAGAAGAUCUAAAGCCCCAAACAAAUGAAUGGGACGCAGACGUACAAUAUUACAUUAAAGGACCGCUAAAUGUCCCAAAGCUUGUUGUCGACAAUCUUGAAACACCAAUCCGUUUCAAUCUUGACCUACCUAUAAGGGUAGGCAACGUAAUUGUAAAAGGAGAUAGUAAUAUCAAGAAAAUCAAUGGUAUAAAUAUACAAUCUUUUAUGGAUAAUGUACUAAAAGUGGAUGAUGCAAUAUCCUUAGAACACGUAACAUUCACUCAUGGUUUUACAUCAAACCACAUAUACGCUUCCCACUUGCCGUUAAAUUUAUCUCCUGCAGAUGCGCAUUUCAAUUUGAAUUCAAAGCGGAUUUCUACAACGUUGGAAACGAAUGCAAUAAACGUGCCUCAGACUUUCGGUUAUUUCGCAAGCGAUGUACCGCAAACAUUUAUUGUACAAGGAUCAGUUGAAUUUCUAAAGGAACCGACUGUACGGAAUAUAAAUGAUGUGAAUCUCGAGCAGCUGUCUAAAGAUUUAUGGAUGGCAAAUCAAAACACAGUCAUAUCUGGUAACAAUAUGAACAUUACGAAUAUGACUUUAGCAGGAGAUGUUAUAAUACACAACUUUGCGAAUUCGUUAAAUGUAAAACUGUGGUUUGACCUGUCAAAUAAGUUAUUGAGCAAAACAAAAGAACAACAUAUUACUGUAGUUUCGUCGUUUAAAGACAUUCAGGUGUCUGCUAUUAGUGCAUCGGACAAUUCAGCUCUUCAAUGUUCAGACUUCAACUUGACGAAUAUGCUGACUAAUUCAUUGAAGAGGAAUACUGCACAAACUGUAGGUGCUGCAUGGCAUUUUGAAGAGUUGGAUAUAAGUGAUGGGAAUUGGAAUGGUAAGCUCAAUGGCAUCGACUUGAACAAGGACAUUGUUAGACAUGAUGUAGGACAGAAUAUUAUUACUGGUGAGAAGAUAGUUUUAAAUUUGGAAACCAAGAAUCUCAGGUGGUUGAACUCGAAGUUUUCGACCCUAGUUAGAAAUGCUUUAACUAAAAAAUGUAAAAAACUGUCUACAAUUAAAGGUCAAAAGACCUUUAGCAACAUCAGCUUGAAUAAUUUAAGUAUCAAAGGAACGAUUAUGGGUCGCAACGUCGAAGAGGCUUUACUAAAGUCCAGAAAUCAGACAGUGCUUGGUAUUAAAAAAAUACAAGGCCAACUCAACACACCAUCUCUUAUCAUUGACGGCACUAUAAAUGAUGUGAAUCUGACGGAGUUGGUCAAUGUUCAAAUGAAGAAAUUAAAAACACACCAGAUAAUAGAAAGUGAAUUCGACUUCAGAAACGAUCUGGAAAUUUUCGGAAAUGUCACAAUCGAUGGGCUCUACGAAGGGACAGAUUUAAAAAAUAUUAGUGACGAAAGUAAAUUAGGUGCUGUCUUGAGUAGAACAACGGAAGUUAUGGAAUUAUCGGAAGACAUAACGACUGCAUUACAAAAUCGUGCAAUUUAUGUGAAUAAAUUUGAAGCGGUGGAUGAAAAUGCACUAGACAUCACUUUCAACACUUCUAACACCGAGGAUGUAACAAAUCUUGACAGCAUUUGCCUUUGCGAGCCGAAAAAUCUUUCGUUGCUUUGCAAUGAUACGAAAUUAUUGAAUAUUCUUUCUAAUAUAAGUUCCAGUGCGCUUAUAAUGAAAAAAUUGGUAGCGCUAGAUGAUGUUGCGUUUCUAGUAUUAGUAUCGUCAGAUUUCGUUGCGAUUUAUUCAUAUGAUGAUAUAAAGGAAGAGCUUCUUCAGAAAGCAGGAUUAAACGUGUUUAAUAUACUCCAAGCAUCUGUGGAACCAGUUGAUGACUCCUUGUGGAUUGUUUUGCGAUUGUCCGAACAGACUUUGAUAUUGCAUUAUCAACUAUGGGGCGAAUUCGAGCAAUAUAUUUUGCCAGGCUCAUAUAACUUUAUAAUCAGUAAAACACCGAAUAACCAACAUUUAUUAAUGCGAUUUGACGGUAUGUGGAAUCUCGGAGGAAUCUUUCAUCCCGAACACAUUUUUAAAUUACCUCUGAAUGGAAAAAUAAAGACCUUCGCAUUCGGUGCUGAUUAUUACGUUACAGCGACGACGAAAAAUAGCACUGCUGUUUUCAAAGCGCGUUACGUGGGUAAUUAAAAUGUAUUAAAUAUUUCUUAGCUAUCUCUGUUAAUGAGCUUACUUGAAUUUUACAAGUAUAUUAUAUAUACAGUUGUAAAUGUUUUUUUAUUAUUUGCGUAUUUAUUGUUCUUGCUCGCAAGUUAAAAACGAGAAAAAUAUGAGAUUUGUAGAAAAUUUAUAGAUAUUAAUUGUAUCU